AUGCAAGUACCGGAGAUCGACCAAGAGCAUUGUCUGGAUCUUCUUUCCAGGCUCAUCCAGAUCAAGAGUUACUCUCAGACUGAUGGAGAACUGGAGGCAACAAGAUUCAUGGCCGACCAGAUGAAAAGCAUCGGCCUGGAAGCAGAUGUCUUUGCUUUCGACGAAGGCCGGAGACAAAAUGCUGUUGGAAUUUGGAAAGGAAAAGGAGUUGCUGGAGGUUCACAAACACCCAAGACCUUACUUUUCAAUGGUCAUCUGGACACGAACCCUGUCUCUGAAGGAUGGACGGUGGACCCCUGGGAGGGCAAAAUCGACGAAGAAUUCAUUUACGGCAUUGGAGUCAGCAACAUGAAGUCAGGCUGUGCGGCCUACUUUUGUGCCGUUGAAGCGCUUCUUCAAAGCGGAUGGCGACCAAAAGGCGACGUGGUCUUGACCUAUGUUGUGGGAGAGCUCCAAGGAGGCGUCGGUACUAUGGCUCUGAUUGAUCAAGGUCGGGUACAAGGGGCUGACUACUUCGUCAACUGUGAGCCUUCAGACAUCAAAGCUGUGACCAUGCAUGCAGAAGCAUUGGUCUUUGAGAUCGAAAUCAUCGGGGUUACGCGGCACAUGUCCGCGAAAGAGGAGGCUUCUGACGCCAUUCUGGCUGGAUGCGAGCUGAUCUUGCAAAUGGACAAGAUGAAGUUCCGCGGGGCAAAGAGCAGCGAGCAUGAGAAAUGCAACCGGUGUUCAGUGGGCGUUGUUCAUGGUGCUCUUGGCAAGGACUUGGUUGAAUGGCGGCCGGCUCAAGUUGCGGACGUUUGCAGGCUCGCCGGGAGCGCGAGAUAUGCUCCCGGUCAAACCCAAGACGGCGUAAUGACUGACAUCCGGGAACUGGUCGACAAGAUAAUUGAGAGAUAUCCCGGGAUGUCGGCGACGGUAAGCCAAAGAUUUGAGCCGACGAUGCCUGCGUUCGAGGUUUCACCCGAGUCACGCAUUGUGACAUCUUUGAAUAAGGCUUACUUACCGUGA